AUGGACAAAGGAUGCGGUCGUCUUAUCGCCGAAAAUUCUGAUAGAGUUGGGUUUUUCGGAUUCGAUUUAAGUCCAAGAUUGAAUCAGCAAACGAAGGUCAUUAUGUUUCCCGUGAAUCUGUCGCCGGCCGAUCGGAAACCGAUGGCUUUAGGUGAAGUAGACUUCUUUUCCGAUAAGAAGAGGCCUAUUGUUGAUCAUACGGGUUUGCAACUUGAUGCUGCAGUCAAAGACGGUAUUUCAUCAGAUCACGUGGAGGAUAAGCUAGCCAAGAAUGAAUUGUCACAAUUGCAAGUAGCGAUUCAAAGAAUGAAUUCCGAUAAUCAGAAAUUAAGAGGGAUGGUUACUGAGGUCAACAACAAUUACAAUGCUCUACAUUUGGAGUUUGUAGAACUAAUGCAGCAACAAGAAAAUUCCAGAUCAGAUAGAUCAGAAAAGGAAUUGUUAAGGACUAAAAGGAUUGGAAGGGAAGAGAGCCCGGAAUCGGAUGGCUUAGCUCCUAACAAGGUUCCGAAAUUGAAUCCCGAUCAAACCCCCGAGGCUAAUAUGAGAAAAGCUCGGGUUUCAGUUCGAGCAAGAUCAGAAGCUCCGAUGAUAUCCGAUGGAUGCCAAUGGAGAAAAUAUGGACAAAAAAUGGCAAAAGGAAAUCCAUGUCCACGGGGUUAUUAUCGUUGCACAAUGGCAGUUGGUUGUCCCGUACGCAAACAAGUACAAAGAUGUGCCGAAGACAAAACAAUCUUGAUUACUAGCUAUGAAGGUACACAUAAUCAUCCACUGCCUCAGGCCGCCGUGGCUAUGGCUUCCACCACCUCUGCCGCCGCUAAUAUGCUCCUUUGCGGCUCCACCACGGGUACUGAUGGAUUGUUGAAUACAACUUUUCCGGCGAGAACUAUUCUUCCUUAUUCGUCUAACAUGGCUACAAUCUCAGCCUCCGCUCCUUUUCCUACUGUGACAUUGGACCUCACACAACCUCCAAAUUCAUUACAACAGUUCCAAAGAACAUCACCUGCCCAAUUCAAAGUCCCUUCGCCAGUGCCAAUUCCACCAAUGGCUCAAGUUUUCGGGUCAAAAUUUUCAGGGCUCCAGAUGUCUCAGGAUAUCGAAUCCGCCUUGCCAAGCCAGACCGAACACCACAAGUCCUUUACCGACACCCUUAGUGCUGCCACAGCAGCCAUUACCGCCGAUCCUAAUUUCACCGCCGCCCUCGCCGCCGCAAUCACCUCCGUCAUCAGUGGAGCACAUCCGAAUAUCAGUGACAACACAACCAACGACAAUUCCAACGUUAAUGCAAGUACUAGCAACAAGAUUACAAGCAGUAUUCAAUAA